AUGAACUCAACUGCAACGCGGGAGGCCCCAGGGGCCCCCGGGGGGCCCCCCCUCUCCCCCCCUGCUGCUGCUGCUGCUGCUGCUGCUGCUCCUAGUACAGCUGGAGCAGCAGGGAGGCCUCUCAGCCGAGUGCAGCAAAUGCUGAAUGCAUAUUACGACCUCGAAGAAGAGAAUGACGCCGAUGGAGAGUCUGCAAUACCACAGAGAGACUCUAAUGAUAAGAGAGAAGCGUACACGAUAGAGCAGCAGCAGCAGCAACAGCAGCAGCAGCAGAAUGCGGCUGGAUGUACUUUGAAUGGAGAUGAGAAGGGAGGAGGGAAGGCGGGUGUUUCAGGUGUAUCUGCAGGUGCUGUUUCCGGUGUACCUCCACAGGGCUCUGGUUCUGCUGGGUCUGCAAUAAAGAGCGCUUUGCAGUUUUUAAAUGACUUAUCAAGCGUUCCUCAGUCUGUAUCGAUGGCAGUCAGUGGAGGCCCCCCAGCUGCUUCUUCUUCUUCUGUUGCUGCUGCAACUGGCGCCCCUGCUCCGCCUGCAGCACUGGACUUAGACUCCCCUUCGUUUGAUAUGCAUGCAUUCUUUUCUGCUGCUGUAGAGCGCUGCUCGCUGCAGGAAUUGCUGCGGCUUGCUAGUGAGUUGGAGACGGAGGUGCGGGUAAUAGAGAGAGAUAUAGGGACAAUUGUAUACGAGAAUUAUAAUAAGUUUUUGACUGCAACAGAGACUGUGCAGAAAGCUCGCUCCUCUAUGCUUCAGGUAGAGCAGCAGCUGCAGUCUCUAGCAGAACAAGUCCGCUAUAUUGAGAGCAGCAGCAAGAAGUUAAUGAAUUCUGUUCAUUCACGUGCUGCAGGGAUUGAAGAGCUUGUCUCCUUUAGACAGCUGCUGGAGCAGCUUCAAACCCUCUCUUCUCUCCCGCUGCUGCUGCGGCAGCAUCUUGCUGCAGCAGAUCCACUAACUGCUCUUCAGGUGUACGAGCACUCUCGCCUCUUCCUUGCAGAGCAGCAACUCGCUUCUCCUCAUUUGCAGCGGCUUAUUCUUAUUAAACAAGACGCCGACUUGGUGUGUAUGUACACCGUGCAGCUCCUCAAGCAGCAGCUAGAUGCGCAGCCUGAAGACACAAAACUCCCUGCAGCAGAAGCAACUCCGGCAGCAUGCAGCAGCAGCAGCAGCAGCAGCAGCAAACUGUGGAGGGGGAGAGAAGACGCAGUUUCGCAGGUCUACACACACCUCUCCGACCUGCAGCAGCAGCAACAACAGCAACAGCGGCAGCAGCCGCUGAGCGCUGCAGAUGCAUCAAAAGUGCUGCGGCUGCUGCUAAGCAACGGGCAGGAUCCGCAGGAGUUGCUGCGUAUAUUCCAGCGGGGUAGACGACAAGCAGCAUUUGCUCUGUUAGAUCGCUGCUUCGCUAGAGAUGCUCCUCCUGCUGCUGCUCCUGCCCCUGCAGCAGCAGCAGCAGCAGCAGAAGCUGCUGCUGCUGCUGGGGAAGAUGAGGUGGAAGCAGAUGCAUCAGCUGCCCCUGUUCGGUGCGAAGGAAAGGUUGUGAGGGCUGCUGCUGCAGAUUCGCUGCUGGAUGAUGCAUGCAGUCGGGUGUCUGUGCAGUACGUAGAGCACGUAGCACAAACUACUAAAGAUCUUUUGUUUAUUUUAAAGUUUAUUUCCUUAACGCAAGAGAAGACAGCUGCAGAGAAGAGCAGCAAAACAAAGCAGGUGAAGCAGCAGCAAGAAGAAGAGACAGAAGCAGAUAAGCUGCGCCGCAUUCGAUUAGCUGUACAUACAGCUGAGACCUUUCAAGGAGAUGUUGCAGAUGUUGAAGGCUAUAGGGGCGUCUCUUCAUUUAUUUGUUGUUUAAUUGAAGCUGCUUUCUCCCCCUUAUCAGCGCUGAUGGCUUCUACAGUUCCUGCAGCAGCAGCAGCAGUUCGAGGCACCUCUGCUGUUGCUGCUUCUUUCUCCCGCUGCUUCAGCAACGAAGUCUUGCCGCUGCAGCUGCAGCAGCAAGCAGCAGCAGCAGCACGAGCAGCACACAGAAAAAUUAUUCUACAGGCUACAGCUCUCGCAUUCAAACGUGCAUAUGCAACCAUUACGCAGGAGCUGCUCGGAGCAGCUGCAGCAGCAAUGCACAAACAGCAGCAAAAACAGCAGCAGCAGGAGGAAGAAGGCAGCACCGUGUCUUGUGGUGUAUGGACACCUGAAGAGCUCGCAGAUGUCUUAUCUCAGCAGCAAGCAGCGGCUCAGUCGAUUGUCGUUGAGGGCUGCGUCGCUCUAACAGACGCGCAGCAGCUGUUGCAGAGCGCAGCAGCAGCAGCAGCAUCAGCAGCACCAGCAGCACCAGCAGCAGCAGCAGCAGAAACAGAAGUCCUUGUGCGGCAGCACAUCGUCCCCUGGGUUGAGGGCUUAUUUGAAUUGUUUGUGAGGCGGGUCGCUCUGCUAACAAAAGAUGUUCCUGCAGCCUUCAGCGGGUUCGAAGAUGUACUUAGAGAGGCCCUAGGACAGCAACAGGAGCAGCAGCAGC